GCCACCUGGACCGGCGAGGUGUGGCGAACUGUGCGCUGCCGGAUGUAGUCGAGGGGGAUGGCCUUGUGCCCUGAGAGAAGUAACGGUGGAGCAGCCGCAGUUGGAGAAGCCACUCUGGAGGAACCGAGGCCCAGAGAAGCUUUAGGUGAUUUUCCCAGGAUCACAAGUUAGUAACGUGGGGACUAAAUUGAACUACUCAGUGUUCUCUCUCCUGGCCAAGUUAAUAGUGUCAACAAUACACACCAGUCACUGAUCUGGGUGCUAGGAAUACAACUCUGAAUAAAAUGGAUAAGAUCCCUGCUUUCAUAAAAGCUUAUAUUCCAGUAGAAGAGAGAUGAAACAAGUAAAUAACUAAAUAAAGUGAAAAAAAUCAGCUAGUACUAAGUGGUAGGCAGAGAAUGAAAGGAAAGUGUUGCAAACAGUGUGACUUGGUAGCUACUCUGGAGGUGGUCAGGGACAGUCGAGAAAGUGAUGUUUAAGCUGAGGCUUAAAUGAAAAAAGCAUUCCACAUAGAGAAAAUAGCCUGUGAAAGCUCAAUGAUAGGAAUGAUCUGUACAAAUUGCCAGUUAUAAAAAGUCAUGGGGAUGCAAAGUACAGCAUAGGGAAUGUAGUCAAUAUUUUGAUAACUAUGUAUGGUAUCAUAUGGGUACUAGACUUAUUAAAAAAGACGUCUCCACUCCUUUUCAAGAAACUCUGUCUUCCCAAGCAACUAUGUAGUAGGCAGAAUAACAACCCCCCAAAGAUGUCAUUGCCCUAAUGCCCAGACUUGUGAAGAUGACUGUUACAUGGUAAAAGGGACUUGGAAGACCUUGAGAUAGGGAAUUAUCUUGGAUUACCUGAGUGGGUCCAGUGUCACCACUUAAAAGAAGAGGAAGGCAGAAGAGGUGGUCAGAGAAAGAUGCAACAGUGGAAGAAGGGGCAGGAGAGAGAUGAGCAGGGGAAGCACAUGACCCACUGUUGGCUUUGAAGAUAGAGGGAGUCACAAGCCAAGGAAUGCAAGUGGCCACUAGAAGCUGAGAAGACUAGCAAAGAAACUGAGACCUCAGUCCUACAAAGUCCUACAAACACUGAAUUCAACCAACUUGAAUGAGCAAGGAAAUGGAUUCUCCCCUAGAGCCUCCAGAAAAAAAUGCAGCCCUGCAGCAACUUUGAUUAUAGCCCAGUGAGACCCAUACUGGACUUCUGUAGAACUGUAAGAGAAGUUUGUAUUCAACCACUAAGUUUGGGUUAUUUGUUAUGACAGCAAUAGAAAAUUAAUACAAACCACUUUCUGUGCUCUAUCACUAUAGAUUAGUCUUCUCUGUUCUUGGACUUCGUAUACAUGGAAACAUACAGCAUGUAUCUGCCAUGUUUCACUGAACUUGUUUUUGAGAUUCACCUGUAUUGUUUGUAACUAAUUUUUUUAAACUGCUGAGUAGUUUAGUGAAAUUCCAUUAUGAAUACACCACAAUUUAUCGAUUCUCCUGAUGGAUAUUUGGGUUAUUUCUGGUUUUUGGCUAUCAUGAAUACAUACAUUCUUCUACAGGUCUUUUUGUGGACACACUUUUCCAUUACCUUUGGGAGUGGAACUGCUGGGUCACAGGGUGGAUAUAUGUUUAACUUUAAAAGAAAUUGCCAAACAGUUCUCCAAAAUGGCUGCAUCAUUUCACACUCCCACUAGCACUAUGUUGAGUUUCAGUUACUCCGUAUCAUCACCACUUCACUGCACUGAGCACUUAAGAUCUUCGUAUUUUAUUGUAUGUUAUGUAUACCUCAAUAAAAAUAUCACAAAAGAGGGUAAGUCUACACGCUGAGUUUCCCAUUUUUACCGUGUGGACAUCUCUACUGUAAAGAUGGUCAAUGUGCCUAAAACCCGAAGGACUUUCUGUAAGAAGUGUGGAAAGCAUCAGCCUCACAAAGAGACCCAGUAUAAGAAGGCGAAGGAUUCCCUGUAUGCCCAGGGAAAGAGGCGCUAUGAUCGGAAGCAGAGUGGCUAUGGUGGGCAGACAAAGCCGAUUUUCCGGAAGAAGGCUAAAACCACAAAGAUUGUGCUGAGGCUUGAAUGUGUUGAGCCUCACUGCAGAUCCAAGAGGAUGCUGGCCAUUAAGAGAUGCAAGCAUUUUGAACUGGGAGGAUAUAAGAGAAAGGGCCAAGUGAUCCAGUUCUAAGCUUUGGGUUUCUUAUUUUUGAGAAAAAAUGUUGAAGCUUUAGAAAAAUACCUGUAUGAAAAUAAAUGCAGUGAUAUUCUUACUCG